UCAUUUCAUUGGAUUUCCACUCCUAAACUGUUAUACAAUCAGCACUGUAUAAAAUGUUGAAGAAAUUGAUCAACCCUUAACUGUUUAAUUUUACAGGAGAUGAGGACUAUCGAAUGCAGGAAAUAGAUUUGAGACAUCGAAAGAGUGAUCCUGGGGGAAGACGGGACUUAGAACACAAAAUUACAGAAGACGUACAUAUCAUUCUUCAUACAACAGCAGAAGUCACUCACAGCUGUGAAAUUAAAGUGACAGAGUCAACAGAAUCAAAAAACAUAGUGGCCAUAUCCCACAAUGUCCAAAGCAUCGUUAAUCAGGAACAGGUGAACCCUCCUGACCCGCUAGAGUUGAAAAAUAAAGUAUUGAUUGGUUGUGAAAUUAACGUUUCCCAGUAUGAAGAAGAACUCACAAGUAGGGCUGAAAAUCUGGAAGACAACGAGCCUUUGGGGAACUCAGAGCAUAAAGUCUAUAAAGGUGGACAACAUACUGGAGAACCAUCUUCUGAUGGUCAGUAUGAAGAAAGUCUCUUUCAGCCAAUUACCUUACAAAGCCUUUCAUUUGAAGAUCAGAAACAGCUGGUGGGCACUACUGGACAAGAAGAGGAAGAACAAAUUAAAAGUCUUAUGGAAAUCACAACAGAAAGAGGUGAAUAUAACAUAACUACUGAACAAGAACCCCAGGUAUUGGAGGAGUCUAUAGAUUCUACGGUCGCGUUGGAGUUUGAUGUUGAUAACAUUUUAGAUGUGAUUGAAAACAACAAGAAACUGGUAACACCAGUGGAUGAACCAGAAAGCUCUUCCAGCCAAGGAGGAGAUAGCAGGAAGACAUGGGAAGACCUACUGGAGACAGCCAACCGCUUAGCAAAGCACUGUGAUUUAUUUCAAAAAGUUGAGGAUCAAAAAGGUUCUGAUACCCUACGAGAUCUUGAUGAAACUUUAGGUUCAAUGCCAGCAUCGAUCUUAUCCACAGACCUAGGGUACACAGAGGAGUAUCUGACAUCUGUGAAUGUGUCAUUAACAAAAAGCAACUUUUUAUGGGAACAGAGUGAAAAUAAACAAACCAAUUUGGAAGAAGAAACCAUAAAAACACAAUCUUUGGGGCUUGGACAAAGUGAUAGAAAUCUUGAGGAAGAAGGGAAGGAAGUUUCAGCAAAGGACGUAACAAAACCUACCAACAAGGAAGAUGUACAGCGUAUAGAAGAGCAUCUGACAGAAAAACAAGAGGAAAAACAUCAAUUUAAGGGAUCUGAGAGGCAGCCUAAAAUUUCCAAAAAACAAAAGAUUAAAAGAAGAGUUCAUUUUUCUCCAAGUACAGAAGAUUUAUUCAAAAAAUCAGAACGUGCCUCGAGAAAUACACUUCAGAUGGUUUGUGAUGAAAUUCUUGAAGGGGAAUUGCAACAAGGAGAAGAUCGUGAACAAUUAGGAAGUUCAUACAUAAUAAAAGACUUGGGUCAGUCUCCAAGCAAAGAAAGAGAAGGGAACUAUCUUGGAGGUACCACCUGCAGCUAUGAUAGUCAUAAUGAUGGACAGUCAACCAGUGAGGAAGAAGAGACGAAUGGAAUAAAUGAGGGUCCGACGAAUGGAAUAAACAAGAGUCGAGCGGUGUGGUAUGAUAACUACUCAGCUCAAGCAGAACAUGAUAAGAGAUGUGAUUCCUUGGGAGCCGUGACCGACCAACAUGUGCAUGUGGAUUCCAAAAUGGAGGAGUCAUUUACGACUGCAACAGAUAGCAGAUCAACAGAAGAACAUUUGGAUCACAGUGAAGAAACACUUUCAGUUGAAACCGAGUCUUCUGGAAAUCGAGAUAUGUCCAAUAUUAACAAUGAGCAAACAGAACUCUUUACGGAAAAUAAAAAUGAGUCUCAUGCUUUGCGAGAAACGGUGACCGAUUCAGAAAAUGAAUCUCGUGCAGCCUCAGAUGGCGCGGAAGAGACUGUAAGAAAAGAGGACUCUUUCUUAGAGGAAGGAAAGCGCCAGGUAGAAUACCUUUUAGAAGAAAGGAAAGAUCUUCUAGAAUGUGACCCCACACAUGUGAAAGAAUUUAUAGAUGAUAUUAGACAAUCAAGUGACACAUUAGAAACAAAGAAUGUUGGUUUAUCAAAAGAUUUCACAGAUGAGCAAAAGAAGACUGAUAACCUGUUUCCGGAAAAGGCAAUCCUUGGUCAGGACUACCCAACUGAGGACACUCAACUUGAAAACAUAAUUCAUUAUUCAGCCCAUAGGGACAUAACAGAGACUGCAUCAGCUGAGAAUGAGCUUACCUUAGGUCAAUGUAGUAUACUGGAAACUGAUAAGAUUAUCAAAAGUGAAGAGGAUGGAAAAGAGGUUCAAGACGAAACCAUUUUAUCAGACGCAAAAGAUGUUCUGAAGUCUUUUGAAGAGCAAACACGAUCCAGCAUUGUCCAGUUUGACGACACAUUACUCAGAGAACCAGUUUCUAGAAACGGUGAUGAUGAAUACCCCGAAAAAUUGCAUGAAACACAGCUAAGCACUAAAGUGACUGAGUCAACAGAAUCGAAAAACACAGUGGCCAUAUCCCACAAUGUCCAAAGCAUCGUUAGUCAGGAACAGGUGAACCCUCCUGACCCGCUAGAGUUGAAAAAUAAAAUAUUGAUUGGUUGUAAAAUUAACAUUUCCCAGUAUGAAGAAGAAUUCACAAGUAGGGCUGAAAAUCUGGAAGACAAUGAGCCUUUGGGGAACUCAGAGCAUAAAGUCUAUAAAGGUGGACAACAUACUGGAGAACCAUCUUCUGAUGGUCAGUAUGAAGAAAGUCUCUUUCAGCCAAUUACCUUACAAAGUCUUUCAUUUGAAGAUCAGAAACAGCUGGUGGGCACUACUGGACAAGAAGAGGAAGAACAAAUUAAAAGUCUUAUUUCCAGAAACGGUGAUGAUGAAUACCCCGAAAAAUUGCAUGAAACACAGCUAAGCACGUCAGUGGAUGAAAUAUGUAUUUCAUUGGCGGGAGAUGUCGAAUUAAGAGAUGGUCCACCAUCAGAAGAACACAAAGAGGUCUUCAGAGAUGCACAUUUUGAAGGAGAAAGUGAACACAAUAAUGAAACCUCCACCAAUGAAAUGGAAGAGCAGCCAGAAAACAUGACUGAGAAACAAAGUUAUGACUACAAACACGAAGGCUUUCCACCAGAGACCAGCAAACCACAAGAAGAAGAGAGCAACGUCAAGACUGGUCACAUAGAGGUAGAACUUUUAACAGAGCAACAGUGGGUAGCUGAAGAGCCGUAUGGUUCUGGUAAUGAAGCUUCUCUGACAGAAGGACAUUUCACUGAACAGAUGCAAGAUGGCAACUCAUUUAGACAGCUAGCUCCCACGGACGGUAGUGAAGAAUGCCCUGAAGAAUCAUAUGAACCAGAUCAAAGCGCAUCGCUGAAUGAGGUACGUACAUCAAUUGUUCAGGAUGUCCUGAUAAGAGAGGGUUUAGUGCCAGAAGAAUGUAGUGAGAUAUAUAAAGAUUCUAAUUUUAAAGCUCAAAGUGAAUCCCACAACAAAACAACUACCUACGAAAUACAGGAACACACAACUGUGCAGCAAAAUGAUGACUACACACAUGAAGAUUUCCAGUUAGAUGACAGAGAAUCACAAGAAGAAGAUGACAGGAAAGUCAAGAAUAGUCACACAGAAGUAGAAAUUUUAAACGACGAGCAGCUUGUAGAUGAAGGGAAUUCAAUGGUCCUUAAUAAAGACUCUUUGAUAGCGAUAUCCUGCAAUGAUCAAUUGCAAGAAGACAGAUUACAAGGACAACCAGUUUUUAGAGACAGUGAUGAAGUAUGCCAUGAAGAACUGGUUGCAAUAGAGCAAAACACAUCAGUAGUGGUGAUGUGUACAUCAAUUGUUGAGGAGAUCCUAAAAAAAGAGGAUCAAGUUUCAGAAGAAUUCAAUGAUUUCUUUAAAGAUGUGAACCAUACAACGGAAAGUGAAUCUAUCAAAGAAAUAAUGACCCAUGAAGUACAGGAACACACAUCUAUAAUUCAAAAUGAUGACUACAUACAUGAACAUUUCCAGCCAAAUGCUGGAGAAUCAAAAGAAGACGAUAUCCAGGUCGGGGUUGGUCACAUAGAAGAAGACAUUUCCAGUGAAGAGCAGUUGGUGGUCCAUAAAGAAGAUUCUUUGAUAGAGGUAUCCUGCAAUGACCAGUUGCAAGAAGGCAAAUUACAAGGACAACCAGUUUUCAGAGACAGUGAUGAAGUAUGGUAUAAAGAACUGGUUGAAACAGAACAAGGCACAUCAGUAAUAGAGAUGCAUACAUCAAUUGUUGAGCAUAUCCCAAAAGGAGAGGAUCAAGUGUCAGAAGAAUUCAAUGAUAACCUAAAAGAUGUGAGUUUUAAAGCAGAAAGUGAAUCCAUCAAAGAAAUAUUGACCCAUGGAGUAGAGGAACACACAUCUAAUAUUCAAAAUGAUGACUACAUACAUGAACGUUCCCAGCCAAAUGCUGGAGAAUCACAAGAAGAAGAUAUCCAGGUCAGGGUUGGUCACAUAGAAGAAGACAUUUUCAGUGAAGAGCAGUUGGUAGUCCAUAAAGAAGAUUCUUUGAUAGAGGUAUCCUGCAAUGACCAGUUGCAAGAAGGCAAAUUACAAGGUCAACCAGUUUUCAGAGACAGUGAUGAAGUAUGGUAUAAAGAACUGGUUGAAACAGAACAAGGCACAUCAGUAAUAGAGAUGCAUACAUCAAUUGUUGAGCAUAUCCCGAAAGGAGAGGAUCAUGUGUCAGAAGAAUUCAAUGAUAACUUAAAAGAUGUGAGUUUUAGAGCAGAAAGUGAAUCCAUCAAAGAAAUAAUGACCCUUGAAGUACAGGAACACACAUCUAUAAUUCAAAAUGAUGAUUACAUACAUGAACAUUCCCAGCCAAAUGCUGGAGAAUCACAAGAAGAAGAUAUCCAGGUCGGGGUUGGUCACAUAGAAGAAGACAUUUUCAGUGAAGAGCAGUUGGUGGUCCAUAAAGAAGAUUCUUUGAUAGAGGUAUCCUGCAAUGACCAGUUGCAAGAAGGCAGAUUACAAGGUCAACCAGUUUUCAGAGACAGUGAUGAAGUAUGGUAUAAAGAACUGGUUGAAACAGAACAAGGCACAUCAGUAAUAGAGAUGCAUGCAUCAAUUGUUGAGCAUAUCCCAAAAGGAGAGGAUCAAGUGACAAAAGAAUCCAAUGAUAUCUUAAAAGAUGUGAGUUUUAGAGCAGAAAGUGAGUCCAUCAAAGAAUUAAUGACCCAUGAAGUACAGAAACACACAUCUAUAAUUCAAAAUGAUGACUACAUACAUGAACGUUCCCAGCCAAAUGCUGGAGAAUCACAAGAAGAAGAUAUCCAGGUCAGGGUUGGUCACAUAGAAGAAGACAUUUUCAGUGAAGAGCAGUUGGUGGUCCAUAAAGAAGAUUCUUUGAUAGAGGUUUCCAGCAAUGAUCAGUUGCAAGAAGGCAAAUUACAAGGACAACCAGUUUUCAGAGACAUUGAUGAAGUAUGUCGUAAAGAAUCACUUGAAACAGAACAAAGCACAUCAGUAAUAGAGAUGUGUACAUCAAUUGUUGAGGAUAUCUUGAAAAGAGAGGGUCAAGCGUCAGAAGAAUUCAAUGUGAAUUUUAGAGCAGAAAGUGAAUCCCUCAAAGAAAUGAUGACCUAUGAAGUACAGGAACACACAUCUAUAAUUGAAAAUGAUGGCUAUGUACAUGAACAUUUCCAGCCAGAUGCUACAGGAUCACAAGAGGAAGAUACCCAAGUCAGGACUGAUCACACAGAAGUGGAAUUUUUAACUGAAGAGCAGUUUGUUUUAAAAUAUAAAAUGUGUUCAGCAGAGGGGACCAGGAAUGACCAGCACUAUGAAGACAGGUCAACCAGUCAACCGGUUCCCGGAGAAAGCAAUGAAGUGAGCCCUAAAAAAUUGCACGAAACAGAGCUAAGCAAAUUAACGGGCGAGAUAUGCACAUCCAUUGCUGAGGGAGUCCUGAUAGAAAAUAGUUUUGUAUCAGAAGAGGAAAGAGAUGUCUUUAGAGAAGUGAGUUUAAUAACAGAAGAAGAACCCCACAGUGAAACAUCAACCUGUGAACAGGAAGAACUGCAACAGUACACAGACAAGGAACAAAAUCAUAACUGCAUAUAUGAGGAUUCAUCAAUAAAGACCAGAAAAUCACAAGAAGAUGAUGGUGAAGUCAGCUCUGGUCACUUAGAAGUUCUACAUUUAACUAAAGAACAGCUUGUAGCUGAAGGGCAAUUUAAAGUAGAUAACGACGCUUCUGCAAAAGACCAUUUACAAGAAGACAGAUUACUUAAAAAAACAGUUUUCAGAGACAGCAAUGAAGUUAGCCCUGAAAAACAGCAUGAAACAGAGCCAAGGACAACAGCAAAUGAUAUAGGCGCAUCCAUUGUCAAUGAUGUUCUGAGAGAUAGUCUAGUAUCAGAAGAAAGCAGAGAAUCCUUUAGUGAAGCUGGUUUGAAAGAAGAGAGCAUAUCCCACGGUGACACAUCUACCGGUGAAGUAAAAGAACUGCAAGACCACACAGCUGAGGAGCAAAAUAAUGACUACAUAAAUGAGGUUUCAAAGAUAGAGACCAGAAAAUCACAAGAGGAUGACAGUGAAGGCAAUACUGAUCACUUAGAUGCAGAACAUGUAACUGAGGAACCUUUUGUAACUGAAGAGCAAUUUAAGGUUGAUAAUGAAGCUUCUCCGAUAGAGGGAUCAAGCACCGGUGACCAGUUACAAGAAGAUAGAUUACUUGGCCAAUCAGAUUCCAGAGGCAGUGAUGAAUUAUGCCAUAAAGAGCUGUUUGAAACAGUGCAAAGUACAUCAUUGAUUGAAACAUUAACAUCGGUUGUUGAGGAUGUCUUGAUAACAGAGGGUUUGAUGUCAGAACAAUGCAGCCAGGUCAUUAAAGAUGCUGAUUUUAAAACAGAAAGUAUAUCCCUUAAUGAAACAACUACCUAUGAAAUACAAGAACAAAGAUCUGAAAAGCAAAAUAAAGACUACACUCAUGAAGAAAGCCAGUUGGAUGCCAGGGAAUCACAAGAAGAAGUUAGUAGAGUCAAAAUUGAUCACAUAGAAGAAGAGCAGUUAGUAGCUGAGCAGCAAUUGGUGAUUACCAAUGAUGGUUCUACAACAAAGGGAUCACAAGAAGAAGAUAGCAAAGUCAAGAUUGGGCAUAUAGAAGUAGAAUUUUUAAGUGAAGAGCAGUUGGUAGCUGAAGAGCCAUUGUUGGUCCAUAAUGAAGACUCUUUGACAGAGGUAUCCGGCAAUGACCAGUUGCAAGAAGACAGAUUACAAGAACAACCAAUUUCCAGAUAUAUUGAUGACGUAAGACACCAAGAACUGUAUGAAACGGAGCAAAACACAUCAAAGGUUGAGAUGUGUCCAUUAAUUGUUGAAGAUGGCUUGAUAAAAGAGGAUCUGGUGUCAGAAGAAUUCAGUGGGGUCUCUACCAAUGAUGGUUCUACAACAAAUGGACCACAAGAAGAAGAUAGCAAAGUCAAGAUUGGGCAUAUAGAAGUAGAAUUUUUAAGUGAAGAGCAGUUGGUAGCUGAAGAGCCGUUGUUGGUCCAUAAUGAAGACUCUUUGACAGAGGUAUCCGGCAACGACCAGUUGCAAGAAGACAGAUUACAAGAACAACCAAUUUCCAGAUAUAUUGAUGACGUAAGACACCAAGAACUGUAUGAAACGGAGCAAAACACAUCAAUGGUUGAGAUGUGUCCAUUAAUUGUUGAAGAUGGCUUGAUAAAAGAGGAUCUGGUGUCAGAAGAAUUCAGUGGGGUCUCUAAAGAUGUAAAUUUAAAAUCAGAAAGUGAAUCUCAUAAUGAAUCAAUUACCUGUGAAGUACAAGACCACAUGGCUGUCAAGCAAAAUUCUGACUAUACAAACAUAGAUCUCCAGCAAGAUGUCAGUGAAUUACAAGGAGAGGAUAGCAAAGAAAAGAUUGGUCAUGUAGACAUAGAAUUUCUAACUGUAGAGCAGUCUGUGGUCACAGAUAUACCUUGCCCAGAAGAGGGAUCCAGCAAUGAUCAGUUGAAAGAAGAAUUACUUAGAGAACCAGUUUUCAGAGACAGUGAUAACUUACGGCCCAAAGAAUUGUAUGAAAAAGAGCUAAGUGCAUUAGAGAAUGAAAUACGUACAUCAUUUUCUGAAGAUGCCCAGAUAAGUGACGUUAUAGGAUCUGAAGAUCACACAGAGGUCCUUACAGAAGCAGGUUUACUACAAGAGAGUAAAUCAUACAGGGCAACUUCCAUGUGUGAAGUGGAGGAACAACAAGAACACACACCUGGGGAGAACAAUGAUGACCACAUAUUUGAGGUUUCAUUAACAGAGACCAGCAAAUCACAAGGACAUGACAAUGAAGUCAAUACUGUUUGCUUAGAAGCAGAAAAUAUAACCAAAGAACAGCUUGUUUCUGAGACGCAAUUUGAGGUCCCUAAUGAAGCUUCUCAGAUAGAAGGGUCCAGCACUGAUCAGCUGCAAGAAGAUGGAUUACUCCAAACAAUUUCCAAAGAAAGUGAUGAAAUAAAUAAUAAAGAACUUGACGGAACAGAACAAAGUGCAUCAGUGAUCAAGUUAUGUAUAUCCAUUGCUGAUGAUAUCCUGAGGGAUAGUCUAGGAUCAGAAGAAUUGAGUGGGAUCAUUAAAGAGACACAUUUUAAAGCAGCAAGUGAAUCUCACAAUGAAACAACUACCUGUGAAAUACAAGAACAGUCAGGUGAGAGCAAAGAUAACGACUACACACAUGAAGAUUCCCAGCCAGAGACCAACGAAUCACAAGAAGAAGACGGCAAGUUCAAGGCUAGCCACACAGAAGUUGUUUUUUUAACGGAAGAGCAGUUUGUGGUUACAGUUGACGCUUACCAAGUAGAGAAAUCCAGCAAUGACCAGAUGCAGGAAGGCAAAUUAUCUGAAGAACACACAGAAGUAAGUCUAAAAACAGAAAACAAAUCCGACAGUGAAAUGUCCACCUGUGAAGUAGAGGACCUGCAAGAACAUACAACUGAGGAGCAUAACGAUAAUUACCUCUGUGAGGAUUUUCAGAUAGAAACUAGCAAAUCACAAGAAGAAGAAGAUAGCAAGGCCAAAAUUGCUCCCACGGAAGUCGAAUUUGUACCCAAGGAACAGUUUGUGUUCGAAGAGGAGUUUGUGUUAAAAAAUGCUUUUCUAACAGAUGAAGAUAGAGAUCUCACAGAAGAAAAGCAUGAUUUUUCAAAUGAUACGAACAAGGCAUUUAUUAAAGUAAUUGAGAAAAAUGAACCUCAGCUUGAGCAAGAUAAUAAAAAACUCCUUAAAGAAAGUUAUGAAGAUGAAGGGUUUUCUCAUCAGGCCACCAAUGCGGUGGCUCAAAAUACUAGCACAGGCCAAACUCUUGUCCUAGACACUACUGCGGAACAGGAAAACCAAUUUGACAAAAUCUUUCAAAGUCCUGAAAAAGAGUUAGACCUAUUAUCAGAUAUCAACUCUACCAUUUACUCAAGUCUAUUAGACCAAAGCAUCAGUGUGUCAUCAGAGGGAACCGGUGCCACGUUAGACACACAAAAAAUGGAGAGUGAAUUGUAUGCUUCACAUAUUACAGCAUCUAAUUUGGAUAGUGUUUUAGAGGUGGCAGAAUUAGCAGAUUUUGAGGUUGAAAACGUCUCUAAAUCUCCCAAAGAACUUGACCUCUUGUCGGAAAUUCAGUGUAUGCUUAGCCCAGAUCACACAGUACUUAGGUUUCCUGAACUAGUGGAUGAUUUAAACGGAAAAGUAGCAGUUUCUUCUGAAGGCCAGUCAAGUGCUUAUGCUGAAGAGCAAGCUUCAGAAAUUAGCAAAGAUCUUGGUAGUUCUUCUGGAUCACUUUUAGAAGAUCCCACUGACAACUGGAGAUCCACUUCAGAGUCAAAUGACCUUUUGUUAGAAAUUCAGUCUGUGAUUACAGCAGAUCGCGAUAUUAAGACUGAAAACUUUUCAUCUUCUGUCAAACUCGUAGAGUCAGAUGUCAGGGUGGAAGAAGAAGAUGAAAAAGCAUCUCAUCUAACUUCAGGUAACUCUGUGUAUGAAACUGAAGAAUAUGUCAGAUUAGAGACCUCCACUGUGGAAGAAGAGGUGGACAAUGAACAGAAGGUCAUUUCUAUAGAAAAUCUUGGACUCACUGUUGAACCCAGUCAAGUUGAGGAUGACGUCAGCCAACACGAUUCUCUAUUCGGAACUGUGGUCAUUAACACAAGUGUAUUAGAAGAAGCUGUGAAUGUGGACAUCAUCAACACUUCAACAGAUGGUGACAUUUUUUUAACAAGGGAGCUCUGUGGGCCAGAGAUAGACAGCAAGUCUCUAACACAAACUGGUCUUAUCAAGGUGGACAUAAAUAAAGUGCAAUCAUCCACUGAUGAAGAAACCACCACAAUCUACUUGAAUGAAGUUGACUAUGAAAACAGAGAACAUGGCAUCGAGGAGGAAUAUCCACCAACAAGACAGACAUCAUGUCAUGCGGACAUCACCAGAGGUCAAGAGAAAACUCUAGUUGAUGAAACGGGAAUGUCAAAUGAACCAGUUGUGCAAGAAGAGGAUGAUUUAGACACCAAAGUGCCCUUCCACAGUUUCCUGGAUGUCAGUGCACAGAAAAGCCGCAUUCUCCUCCUCAGAAAAACCUCAGUUCGCCGGCGCCCGGGUCAGCGUCCAGUGAUGUUUCAAGAAGAGCUGGCUGAUCCGUCAGCAAUCCCACCACUAAAUAUGGAAGUAACACCAGAUCCCGAAUCAUCUUCUUAUCCCACUGAGGAAGCUACAGAGAUGAGUGACACCUCAGGGCCGUUAUUACAUAGAAAGUCCUCUAUCCGUCGACGGGGGCAGCGUCCAGCGUCGUUUCAGGAAGAGCUGGCACCCCCGCCACUAAAUAUGGGUAUGCCACCAGCCCCCGAGUCAUCAUAUCCCACCGAAGAAGCUACAGAGACGAGAAAUGCCUCAGAGCCGUUAUUACGUAGAAAGUCCACUAUUCGUCGACGGGGGCCACGUCCAGUGACAUUUGAGGGGGAGCCAUCAUUGCCAUUGAUCACAUCUGCCGAGUCACCACACCCCACCGAAGAACCUAGGAAUGAGAGUACCAUUUCAGAGCAGAUAUUACAUGGAAAGUCCUCAAUUCAUCAGGGUCAGCAUCCAGUGGCAUUUGAAGAUGAGCCAGUUGAAGCAUCACCACCAGUGAUAAUGCCACAAAAAAUGCAAGUUCCACAUUUUUCGGGCGGGAUACCCAUACUUUCACCAGCUGUGGCCCCAAGGCCUGAAUUUUUGCACCCUGCUGAGGAACCCAGGGACGAGGGUACCACCUCCGAGCCAAUGUUACGCAGAAAAUCCUCUGUUCGUCGUUCCAAAGGGAAGCAACCGGUGACAUCUGAAGAGCAGCACAUUGAGCCACCAUUGCCAGUGACUGCACCACUAAGAAUGGGAGUGGCAUUAUUCCCGGGGGUUCCUGCGCAUGUGACCCCAGCUCCUGCGCCAUCGCACCCUAAAGAGGAAUCUAGGGAGGAGAAGACGGCCUCAGAGGAACUGAUCAAACCAAAGAAGGGGUUCCUGAAGCAUGCUGG